UCUGGCGCAGGAGAGCUGCACCUCCGCCCGAGCCCGCGGCGAGUGAGUCGCAACUGUUGUGGUGGGCGCGGAGGCGUCGGAACGGCCCCGGGGAGCGCGGGCAGGGGCCCCGAGAGCGCGCGGAGGCGGCGUGGAGUGUGGAGCGCGGGCGCGUGGGUUUCGCCCACCUCCUUGGGGCAAGCUAAGAGAUCCAAUGAUGGCUGUCAAGCAGCUCCUUCCUGCUGGGCCCCAGGUCUUAGUCUCCUUUGAGGACGUGGCUGUGUUCCUCUCCCAGGAGGAGUGGGGCUGUCUGGGCCCUGCUCAGAGGGGCCUCUACAGUAAUGUGAUGCUGGAGACCUACAGAAACCUGAUCUCACUGGGACUUCAAGAUUCCAAACCUGAUGUCAUCUCCAGGCUGGAGAAGGGGGAAGAGCCAUGGGCCCCAUACUCAUCAAGAAUUGAGGAGGGCUGGAUCCGGAGUCACAGGAGUGAAAGUUUUGAGUCUCAGACGGGAAAGAAGGGAUUGACUCCAAAACAGGAAAUUUCCAAAGCAGUGGGAUCCCAGAGAGCAAAAUCAGAAGAACAUGUAAGGAAUAUUUCCAAAGAACCUGAUUUUCAAGAGAUAAGUAAAACUGAGGGAAAGUUAAAGAAUUGCUGGAGAAAAUCUGCGGAGGAAAGACUUAAGAAAUCCUUCUCCCAGAAGAACAAUUCCAGGCCAGUUACAUUGACAUGUAGGAAAACCCCUAUUGGAGGGGAAGGCCAGAAAUCCAGUUCUGUGGAGGUAAACUGCACUGCAGACCCAAACUCUUUUGGAUUUCAUAGAGCAUCUAGAGGGGAGAGUCUCCACCAGAAUGUGCCAUGUAUGGAUGACUUUCAACAAAGUCAGGACCUCAUUAAUCUCCAGUGUUUCCAUCUAGGAGAAAUAGCCUGUCAGACAGAUGUGUUUGUGAAAGUGCCCAGGCAGAGUUCAGUUCUUAGUGAGAAUCAGAGGGUUAACAAUCCAGAGAAAUCCUUUGAGUGUACUGAGUGUGGAAUACCUUUCAGCCUGAGUACAGCACUUUCUCAGCAUCAGAGAAGUCACGCUGGAGAGAAGCCCUGUGAGUGUAGUAGAUGUGGAAAAAUUUCCCGCCACUGCUCUGUCCUCAGCCAACAUCGGAGGGUUCACUGUGGAGAGAAGCCCCACACUUGUGCUGAGUGUGGCAAAUCUUUCAGGGCUCAUUCCUAUUUCAUUCAGCUCCAUAACACUUACACUGGAGAAAGACCUUAUGAAUGCAGUGAAUGUGGGAAAGCUUUCAGUGCACGUUCAUCUUACAGUCAACAUCUUAAAAUUCAUAUGGGACAGAAAUGUCAUGAGUGUAAUCAGUGUGGGAAAGCCUUUAGUAAUAGCUCUAACCUGAUUCAUCAUCAGAGAAUUCAUAUUGGAGAGAAACCAUACAAGUGUAAGGAAUGUGGGAAGGCUUUCAGUAGACACUCACACCUCUUUCAGCAUGAGAGAACUCAUUCUGGAGAGAAACCUUAUAACUGUACUGAGUGCGGCAAAGCCUUCAGUGCAGGAUUAUCUCUCAUUCAACAUCAGAGAACUCACACAGGAGAAAAACCCUAUGAAUGCAAUGAAUGUGGGAAAUCCUUUAGCCUGAACCGAACGCUUACUGUUCAUCAGAGAAUUCACACUGGAGAGAAACCUUAUAGGUGUAAUGAAUGUGGAAAAUCCUUCAGUCAGCACUCCCAAGUCAUUCAGCACAAGAGAAUUCAUACUGGAGAGAAGCCUUACAUUUGCAAUGAGUGUGGAAAAUCAUUCAGUGCUCGCCUGUCCCUCAUCCAGCAUCAGAGAAUUCACACCGGAGAAAAACCUUAUGGAUGCAGUGAGUGUGGGAAAACCUUCAGCCAAAAGGGACAUCUGAUUCAGCAUCAGCGAAUUCACACUGGAGAGAAACCCUAUGAGUGUAAUGAGGUUGGAAAAGCCUUCAGCCAGAGUUUUAAUCUUAUUCAUCAUCAAAGGACACACAGUGGUGAGAAGCCCUAUGAAUGUAAUGAGUGUGAUAAAGCCUUCAGUGUGCUCUCUUCCCUUGUUCAACAUCAGAGAGUCCAUAAUGGUGAGAAGCCCUAUGAGUGUCACAAAUGUGGGAAGGCCUUUAGCCAGGGCUCACACCUCAUUCAGCAUCAGAGGAGCCACACUGGAGAGAAACCCUAUGAGUGUAACAAGUGUGGGAAAACCUUUGGGCAGAUAUCCACCCUAAUUAAGCAUGAGAGAACACACAAUGGAGAGAAACCCUAUGAGUGUGGUGACUGUGGGAAAGCCUUCAGCCAGAGCGCACACCUUGUCCGCCAUCGAAGGAUUCACACUGGAGAGAAUCCCUACGAGUGCAGUGACUGUGGGAAGGCCUUCAACGUCCGCUCCUCUCUCGUCCAGCAUCACAGAAUUCAUACGGGGGAGAAGCCUUAUGAAUGUGAGGAGUGUGGCAAGGCCUUCAGUCAGCAUUCACAAUUUAUUCAGCAUCAGAGGAUUCACACUGGAGAGAAACCCUACAUAUGCAAUGAAUGGAGAGAAGGGGAGCAGUCAUAGCUGUUCUCUUUCACUGGGCAGCUGGCACUGAACAGACUGGUGAGGAGUGGCAGGUCCUUCUGCUGCCAGAGGACAGGACUCCAGGUGAGGACUCCUGGUGAGGCAGGGCCAUUGAGCAGCUUUUAGUGGAUAAUCGUGUGGGUUGUUUGUCAACCCAUGCACUCUUGUCUUCGUGCUUUAAAGGUGCCUUUUGUCCCCUGGACUAAUGUUGGUCAGCAGUGUCUCGGUGUCCUUUGGUUCAUGAUGUUUGAGAUGAAAUAUAUCCUGGGAGCUCUUUUCCCAAACCCAGUUUUCAGAGUUGCCACCCUUGUCUGUGGUGCUUCCACCCCUGAUUCAGUCAUGAGUGGCUCACUUCAGUAUUCUCUGAACACCAUUCUCCAGAAACUUCUUUAGCACUUUCUCCUAAUUCUUUGGAGGAAAGAUUAGCAUCAAAAUGAGCUGAAAUAGGUUGUACAUAUGAGAAAUUCAGCAACAGCAGUCUGUGAGAGUUCUAGAUGCUGAAAUCUGACAACUGAAAGUAGUUUAGGUCUUUGAUGAACAAGCUGGAUAUGAUAUGUACAAUCAUUUCAGAAGAGAUUGGCCAGUUAGUAUUUGGGAUAAACUAUAAUGGAGUGAUGCUUUGUAUAUAUGAAUCAGGGUAAGAAAGAAGAAAAGGUAAGAGUAAUGAAUUACUUAAUAAUUGGCCAUUUUAUUCCUUUAUAGUGCCCUUUUCAUUAAUAAAAUUAUUCCAGUUUUCCUGUUUAUCAAAGGGACUUUCUUAGAAUUUGACUGAUUUUUUCUCCUUAUGUUGACUUGACCUACACUUCAGGUCUUAUUUUCCAGGCUGUUGUCCAUAUAGUAGUGGUAGUGGUCUUGGCUUAUCUUAGAAUGCUGAAAAGCUGAUUGGAAAAUCUGCCUCUUCAUGAUAAUCCUGCUAAGCACAUUUCACCACAAAUAGCUUUGACUUAAAAUAAUAAAAUAAAAACUGGAGUGAAUUUACUGUGAUAAUAAUGGUUAUAUGCUGAACAAAAAUUCUG